GGAGAAAGAGGCGGGAAGCCGGGCGCCCCAGGAGGCAGCAGCUCCCUGCUCGGCCCCUGGGCCCCGAGGCCAGCUGAGAGGGAGGCAGGGAAGAAGGAGAGCAGAAAGGGACCUCCAGGCCCCGGCCGGGACUUUAGCCUCCGGAGAAGAUGCUCUGAGUGAAGGGGUUUUUCCGGGGCUUCGGAAGAUGAGCCACGCAGAUCAUACAAAGCCACCACUAGCACCAAAACCAAAGAUCCUCAGUCAUCUUGCUUCCAUAGCUGUCUCCAAACUUCCUCCAUCACUGUCAAAGACUGGCACACUUCACAAUUCAAACUCUAUGUCUAGGGGUCCAAAACCACCCAUUGCUCCCAAGCCAAAAAUCUCUGCUGACAUUGAUCCUGCAAUUAUACAGAGAUCCAGUGUUUAUGCCAACAAUACGCUUAACAAAUAUACCAAUGGAAAACUAGAAGGAAAUUUCUAUGAAGGAAAUCAGUGUGACAGUACAGAAUAUCCUAAAUCAGAAGUCAAUAAUGAAUAUAUUGUAAUUCCUGAAGCUAAAUUGGCUGAUAAAGAUUAUAAUGACUUUGGACAUGAGCAGGAAGAGACAGCAGAGAAUGAGAUCUUACCCACUCCUGAAUCAGCAGGUGAAGAAGAAGAUAACUGCAUUGACAACAGUGAGAUCUGUGAGAUUGAAAUAAAUAUAUCAGACAACAAUGAAAAUGAACUAGUGGGAGAUAACUCACCCAAACCAACCAAAAUCCAAGCUUUUGGCAUCUCUGAAGCUUCUGAAGAGGAAAAGGAAGAUGCAUCAAAGGAUGAGUGUGAAAAUGUGGACAGCGAGAGUGAUCCCAAAGAAGCCACAAUGAAUUGUGCAGAUGAGGGUGAUGAAACACUCAGAGAACUGGAUCUCAUAAAGGGCAAUAAUGGCUAUAAUAUGGACAAUAUGAUUUUGAAUGGAGAUGAGGCUUUGAAGGACACUAUAUGUGAAGAUAUUAUUUUAAGGCAUGUAGAGGACCCGGGGUCAACCUCAGAAGAUCUGACCUUAAUUGGUGAAGAUCAAGAAGAGGAAAAUCCACCUCAGAUGCUAGAAGAGGAGCAGCCCAAUGCUGAUGCAAACAUGGGCCCUAUAGGUAACAAUGAGCAAUCAACACUCCCUACUGAGGAGGAGCUUGUAGAGGAUGUUUGUACAUCUGAUGAUAAUCCUGCUCAUGAUUCUGAAGAGGCACAUACUGGAUUGGAAUCAAAUGGAUCUGAUCCUGAUGAAAUUUUGGGAGAGACCACAAAUGAAGUGAGUGCCAGAACAGAGGAGGAAAUAGGCUCAGAUGCUGAAUGUGAAACAAGCAUAAAACAAGACGAAAAUGCAUAUGGUGACUACCAAACCACUGAGACAAAGGAUACAGAGGAUGCAUCUGGGACUGUAUGUGGUGCAAAGGAAGAAAAUGAAGGACAAAAGGAAGUGAUAGACACAGAGACCGUUGAUGAUAACUGUCAAAUCAUUCCCUUUGAAAAAGAAUGCAGCGAGGAUGUUCCCAACUCUCCUGAAGCCCAGUUAGGUGAAGAGUUGCCAUCUGAAGAAAACAGUGUAUCUAACCAUAACCAGCCCUUUAAUGUUCAGGAUUGUAAUGGGCUUGACUGUUACUCAGAUCAGGCAGGAGCAUCUAAGACAGAUGUUUUCCCCGGAGAUGACAGCAUAAACAAAUAUACUUUGGAAGACACACAGCCAGAUAACCACAUUCUUAAAGCUGAUCAAAGUAAUCAUGAAGAAACUUCCCCAAAUAGACUUGUUGAAAUAUCAGCUGAAGAUACCUGGUAUUCCACAGGAAAGAUAAACCAGUGCUAUCACAGCAAAACUGAAAUGAAUACAUGUAGUGAAUAUGUGAUUGAGGAAGUGCCAGUGGUUCCUAAAGUAGUUAUUGUUCCUGAAAAUGAUGAAGAAAUAUCCGGUGAUUCCUUAGAUGACCCAUAUGUGUUAGGAGACAGUUUGCCUUCAGCAAAUGAAACCUUUUGUGUGGGAAAACAAGGGCAGGAGGUUGGUGUCCAAGACAAUUCAAGUGAUUUCAGAGAGGGAUCAGGUACUGACAUUGAAAAUCACUUGCUCUCUCUUGAUCGGAAGAGCGUUACUAGAACAAGGUCUCUUUCUGGAAAAGUGCCUGGCUAUGUACCAGAGACAGUUCCAGAAGAAACAGGCCCAGAUAAUGAACCUACAGCCACAACCACCAUCAUAACUGAAAAUGCAGGGCACAGUUUCUGUUUGCCAGAAGGAAAAUCCAUGGAAUUGAACAGGGCAUUACCUGCAAAACCAAGGCAUUUUAUUUUAUAUCCUCGAUCUUAUUCAGUAGAAGGAAGAGAUAUCUCUGUCUCUGUAUAUGGAGAAACUGAUAAUUCUAUAUUGGAUUACAACAAAAUAAACAGGACGGAAGACCUCUCUUUGCCAUGUGUGAUUGGUUCUUCAGGUAGCUUUUCCCAGAGAAAUCACCUUCCAUCCAGUGGGGUCUCCACCCCAUCCUCUGUUGUUGAUAUUCCACCUCCUUUUGAAUUGGCUUGUAUCACCAAAAAGCCCAUCACAAAAAGUUCACCUUCACUUUUGAUAGAGACUGAAUGUCCAGAUAAGCACUACAAGAAAAAGAAGUCUUCUUUUAAAAAGUUUCUCACCUUAAAGUUCAAGAAGAAGACAGAAAAUAAAGUCCAUGUGGAUGUUCAUAUUUCUUCUUCAAGGUCCUCCUCAGAGUCUAGUUAUCAUGGACCUUCUAGAGUCAUGGAACUGGAUAGAAGGAGUCUGAGUAGUUCUCCUCAGCCAAUAUCACGUACUGGAAAGCUGAGGGCUUCUGAGUCGCCAACUGUUCUCUUCUACAAGGAUGGCAAAAGAAAAGGAACACCCAAAACCUUUAGUAGAAGUGUGUCAAGGGUGGAAUCUUUUGAGGACCGUUCAAGGCCCCCUUUCAUGCCUCUUCCUUUAACUAAGCCUAGGUCUAUUUCAUUUCCUAAUGCUGAUACUUCGGACUAUGAAAAUAUCCCAGCAAUGAACUCCGAUUAUGAAAAUAUACAAAUUCCCCCACGAAGGCCCACCAGGGCAGGAACCUUUACUGAAUUUUUUGAAGAUCCUAGCAGGGCAUUAUCUGCAGCAAAUGAGAAUGAUGGUUAUGUGGAUAUGAGCAGUUUUACAGCCUUUGAAAACAAUAAACAACAACCUACCAACCAGGAAACAGAAAGUGCCUACACAGAACCUUACAAAGUGUGCCCCAUCUCUGUGAUUCCCAUUGAAGAUGUCACAUCAGAUGAAGAACAGAAAAGCUCUGGAGAUGAUGACAGUAAUCAGGGGGAUUCCAGUCUCAUCCACAAGAAAGAAGGACCAUCCAGAGCUCACCUCAUUGCCCAUGAGCUUGUGUCUUCAGAGAAAGUAUAUGUGGAGAUGCUCCAGUUGUUAUGUAAGGAUUUCCAUGAAGCUGCCUUAAAAGCACUAGGAAAUGAGAAUGACAGUGACCAUGAGGAAUCAAAACUCAAGGAGGGAUUGAAUGAGAUCCAAGAAAUUUACAAUUUGCACCAAGAAAUAUUGGAAGAACUGGAAGAAAAGGUUCUCAACUGGGAAGAGCAUCAAAAAGUGGCUGAUGUUUUCCUCUCCAGAGAAUCUAGAUUCCACCACCACACAUCUUACAUUAUGCACUUUGAUAGGACCCUGGUUUUGCUGGAUGAUGCCCGUCUUAAAUCUUCUCAGCUGGAUACUGUCAUUCGGGAGUUUGAGCAGUUUCGUGAUGGCAAUAUCUUGAAUGUGAAACAUCAGCUCUUGAAAGUGGUGCAGCGCAUAUUCCAGUACCAUGUGCUACUCACAGAUUACUUGAAUAACCUUUGCCCUGAUUCUGCUGAAUAUGAAGACACUCAAGCUGCCCUGUUGAUUGUCACUGAAGUUGCAGACCGAGCCAAUGACAGCAUGCACCAAGGGGAAAAUUUGCAGAAGCUGGUACAUAUAGAACAUAGUGUGAAAGGGCAGAGCAACCUUCUCCAACCAGGAAGGGUGUUUCUUAAAGAAGGAACAUUGAUGAAAGUGUCUGGGAAAAACAGGCACCCUCGACAUUUGUUCUUGAUGAAUGAUGUUCUGCUGUAUACGUAUCCCCAGAAGGAUGGCAAAUAUCGCCUUAAGAACACUUUGGCUGUAUCUGGCAUGAGGGUUAGCCGUCCAGUGACAGAAAAAGCCCAAAAUGUCCUGAAGAUUGAAUAUGGUGAAAAUUGCCUAAUCUUAUCAGCAAGCUCAUGUUCUGAAAGGGAUGAGUGGUACAGCUGUAUCAGCAGAAGCAUCCCAGAUGACUACAGGGCUCACAGUGCAGCUGGAUUUCACAACAGUGUUGAACUGAGGGAAAGACUGGGAAUAUCUUUAGGAGAGAGGCCUCCAACCUUGGUACCUGUUUCACAUGUCAUGAUGUGCAUGAACUGUGGCUGUGACUUUAAGCUCACACUGAGGCGACAUCAUUGCCAUGCUUGUGGAAAGAUUAUUUGCCGAAACUGUUCCAGAAAUAAGUAUCCUUUGAAGUACCUCAAAGACCGACUAGCAAAAGUUUGUAAUGGCUGCUAUGCAGAACUGAAAAGGAGAGAACGCCCAAUGAGCAUGAGCUUCCCUACAAGUUCAUCCAGACUGUCAGUCGGUGCCUUCUCUUCUGUCUUCCACAAUAUCCACUACUCAUCUUUCAAAAGACAAAAGAAAAUCCCUUCAGCUCUUUUGGAGGUAGGAUCAAGGAUGCCUGAAAAAAGGUGUCUGCUUCAGGAGAGGGUUCUUCUAUCAGUGGCUAUCUCAGCAGAUGCAAGAGGGGGAAAAGGCAUUGGAAGAAGCUGUGGUUUGUUAUCAAAGGCAAAGUGCUCUACACCUAUACAGCAAAUGAGGAUAAAGUCGCCACAGAGAGUAUGCCUUUGCUGGGCUUCACAAUUGCCCCAGAAAAGGAUGACAGGAAUACGGAUGCAGUCUUCCACCUUUACCACAAGCAAACUCUGUUUUAUAGCUUCCGAGCAGAGGAUAACAAUUCAGCACAGAGAUGGAUUGAAGUCAUGGAGGAAGCGUCUGUAUUAUAGCAUUAUCCAAGCGGACUUUGAACACAUUUAUAUUUGCAACAGCAUUCUUCUGUUGGAAGAAACAAUGUAUAUAUCCUAAUUUGAUUUAGACAUAACUGGAGGAGACUUUGUACAAGACUUUUUUUUCUUUUGUCAACGUUAUUUCAAGCAGGCGGAAACUUCAAAAAGGAAUAUUUAUGGCUCCUUCUCUAUCCUCUGCAAGUUUAUCCUUCAUCAUUUGUUGCAAGAUCAUUAUUUGUUGCUAGAAUCAGUGCUCGCAUUUCCCCUCCUGAAAUAAUUGCUUUUAAAAGAGUACAGGUUGAGUCUCCCUUAUCUGAAAUGCAUGGGACCAGAAGUGUUUUGGAAUUUUUUCAGAUUUUAGAAUAUUUGCAUAUACAUAAUGAGAUAUCUUGGAGCAG